UAGUUUUCUAUUAGAACAUUCUAAACAAGCUGUAGCUGUAUCACCCUUGAGGCCAGAUGGUUUAACAGUAGCAGGAUCUCAAGAGAAAUGGAUGACAUCAAAUGAAGCAAGAAGAGCAUCAGCAGAACAUAAACUCUUAGGAACUUCAACUCAAUCUGUUUCUACACCAAGAGCUAGAACCUUAAGUGCUCAUCCCAUGGCGAUUUCUACUCCACCUGAAGCUAUUCAAUUAUAUUUAAGAAAAGCUGAAGUUUUAAAAAUGACACCUAAUCAUGCUUCACCUACUCCUAAUUUGGUGACUUCUGUUAGUGUUAGAAAACAUUGGAGACCUUGAAAAAAUAAAGUUUCUGUAAUGUUUUGCUUAGAUUUCUGAUUUUUAUGAUUAUACGAUUUUUUUUAUUAUAUUGAGAUGAAAGAUUGCAAUGAGUUUUAUUUAAAAAAAGGACACAGAUUUAGUUGAUUGAUAGUGAAAUCUUAUGUAUAUGUUGAUAGGGUUUUUUUUGAACAAAUAGAUUUAUGUGCUGUAUAUAAGUAUCAUUAUUAUGCCAAAUUUAACCGGGGUGGGGGUUUUUCGCUUGUUCAUUUUUCUUUUCUAUUUAUUGAUCUAUUUAUUGAUGUCUCUUGUUAAAUGUGCAUAAUUCUGUGUUUAGAUUGUUACAAUGUUGCAAAAGGUUUUGAAUGUUUUCUGUUUCAAUGUUUUCUCGUUAUAUUGGGAGUUGAUGGGUUCUUUAGAAAAAAAAUACAAUUUGAUUAUUAAUGAUAUAAUGAUAUAAUGGACAAAUGUGGUUUUUGUUUUGGUU